UUUGCAACCAAAGAAGCUUUGUUCUCUCUCCUCAUGCUGACCUGCCAGAAUUAUUUUAAUGUAGCUCUUUAGCUUUAAAGGUCGACUUUUAAAUUUAUACUCAAAAGACCCUCAACAAUGACUGUAAAACACUGAGAUUAGAGAUGAACUUUUCACAAAAGAAAAUAAAAACUAAACACUGAUUCUAAUAUUUUUUUCAGUUAAAUGAAGCACUUGAAAAUGUUACUAAGAUAUGAAACUACAAUCAUUACAACUUAGCCUUCUUCUGUUAAAUACACACAAGUUUUAAGGCUGACUAACUCUUUAUGAAGAAAGGAACCCUCAAUUGUGACAUUCAUGGUAAUUUCUCAUCACAUGUAUGUCAGCCAAACCAGCAUGGAAACCAGGACUUCACCAUGUAACGGUUUGUAGGACAGAAUUUAUUGAGACUGAUGAAACUACAAUUAAGUGUGUUUGCCUCCUCUUGUUUGGAAGGUGGGCAGAUAGAUGCAUGAUAGGAUAAUCUUCCUCUUUUUCAUAAAACAACGUUCAGGUUUAUUACAUUUAAGAUGACUUAAUGUUGCACAUAUUAGUAAAUGUAUGUUUUUAAAUUACCCAUAUGUAAUAAUAGAGGGUUAUGCUGAUUUUCACUAGUUGGCUAUGAACCAGACAGAUACAGUGCUUGCAAAGAUAUUCAUAGUUUUCCACAUGUUGUCAUGUUACAGCCACAAACGUCAAUGUAUUUGAUUGCUUUUAUCUAACAGAUCAAUACUAAGUAGUGUGUCAGAAAAAUAAUAAUUUUUUAUUUGUUAUAAAUAAAGGUCUGAGGAGUGAGGGACACAUUUGUAUUCAGUCAUGUCAAUACUUUGCUUCACCAUGUUUCAUCAUGGGGAUGUUAUAUAUAGGGUGAUAUGCAUUAGUUUUCCACCACAACUAGCAUUUUAUUUGUAGGAAGAAAAGUGAAAUCUAGGUCUCAUUGACCAGAGCACAUGUUCCACAUAUUAGCGGUAUUCACUAUAUGGCUUGUGGCAAACUGCAAACAAGAUAUUUUUUGACUUUCUUUCAACCAUUACUUUCAUCUAGUUAAUCUUCUAUAAAGCCAGAUCUGUGAAGCCACUAAUGUUUGUCCUGUUAACAGAUUCUCCCAACUGAGUUGUGGAUAUUUACAGCCCCUCCAGAGUUACCAUGGGCUUCUUGGCUGCAUCUCUGAUUAAUGCUCUCCUUACACUGGAGCCAAUAACGAGUGGAAUUUGAUUAAGAGUUGAAUUAUUUUAAUUUUAAAAGUAUUUAAAUUAUUAUAAAUAAUAAACAUUCAAACAGGGUAAUUAAAAGCAUAAUGCACAUUUCAGUAAAUUGUACUCAGCUGCAAAAAGAUUGCAAAAGAUUAUAGUAUAUUCAUGCGGGUGCAGUAGUUACUAAAAUCAACCUGCAGCCUGGAAAUAUAUUUAUAAAAGCAGCAAUCCCAAUUUUUAUUUAACGCUUAAAGUCAAUAUUGUAAAAGUUCUACUUUUUGUGGGAGAUUUCUGGUUUGUCUAGAGAAAGUUAAAUAAUUGAAAGGAGACAGUUUUAAAGCAAUUUAAUUACAAUAUGACAGUGCACUACAUUAUUUUAAUAGUAGACUUUUCUUAUCGUUUUCAAUUUUUGCCAGAAUGUAAUUCAUGUGGAGAAAAACUGUUGUUAGUCUUCACAACACCAGGGUUCACUGUUGCUCUAGGCACAUAUCUACUCUGCUGUCAAACGCAGAACCUUUCUACUGCAUCUGUAAUGUAAACUCAUCCUUAGUCAGUGAGCACACCUCAGUGCAGUUUCACUUUUAAAGCGCCAGUUUACAUUAUUUCUACUCUAAGAGCUUUUCCCCUGAUCCCAGCAUGUUACUCUCACUGCAUUGAUACAGUUUUUUUUUUUUUUUUUUACCAUAAUCACUGCAUCUAAUUGAACCACCAUACUUAUUUGCUUGAGGAUACCUGUACAUUUCUCAUCACAACGUUUUGUCCCUUAAUUUUUGCUAGGAAGCCAGUGGGGGUCCAUGAAGAAGCUGAAGUCUAAUUAGACUUUGGGAGUCAUCCAGAGCACAUGUCUUUGAAAGAAAUUUAGAUCUUUUCAAUGAAUUCUCCUUCAGAGAAACAAUGAUGUAUUAUGCAUGCAAUCUAUUAUUAAUGGUCUUGAAUCAUGUUACGGCCAGACAUGGGCCAUAUAGCCUGAUACUCUUUCAAACUUGUCUACUACACAUGACCACAUUCAGGCAGCUGCUUCUGAAUUAGGGGAUCAGUCUUUAUGUGCUGAAGUCUAUUUGCUUUUCAUUUUACAUAAGAUCUGUUAUUAUUUCAGCAGUUAAUCUUUCUAUUAAGUGUGUUUUUCUUUUCAAAAACACCUUAAAUUAAACACCAAAACAUGUAAUUUUUCAUGAUUUACAGUUACCUCCUGGGUUAUCUUUUUGGUCAUGGGCUACAUUACUUUUAUUGAUCCUUUAAAGCAAUCCAAUUACAACUCUUUGCUGCGCCUUCCCAAGAGUCUAUUGGCUGAAGGGUGCUCUCAGUUGUCCAGGGCUCCGCCUCCAUCUGUCAGGCUCUGCGUUGAUACAGCACCGUUGAUGCGCUGAAGUAAAAUACUGCAAUCUAACUUUUUUCUUUAGGCUUGGGUGGACAUUAUUCAAAAAAAAAAAAAAAAAAAAGAAUCAGUUAGCAUAACUCGUACAAGGCGUAUCCAAACUCCAAACGUUUGGAGCAUUUCCCCCCACUUUUCCUAGGCUCUUGCUUUUUUUUUUUUUUUUUUUUACAGUAUGAAGAGCAGUUAUGGCAAGGAGUAGCAAGUCAGCAGCAAGGACCCUGGAGGAUUUGACGCUAGAUUCUGGUUAUGGUGGAGCCGCCGACUCCUUCAGAUCAUCCAGUGCAUCGCUGUGCUGCUCAGAGGCACAUGGGGGGAAUUACUGGCAUUUAACCGACUCAAUGCACAGUCGACACAACAGUCUGGACACUGUUAACACGGUCCUGGUUGAGGACGCCGAGAUCCUGGAGUGCAGCGGGCAGUGCGCUAAACUACCCGAGCUUGAGGAUGUGCCUUGGAGCCUCGGGGAAGUGGCAAGCGCGCUGAGCAAGGACGAAGAGAUGAGCCUGCCGACCCCCCCUCAGGACGUCCUGCUCAGGCUCUCUGUGCUGGUCAGCCGCGUCCUGGUCAGGGUCGCCAAGGAGGCGCAGCGUCUGAGCUUGCGCUACGCCAAAUGCACUAAAUACGAGGUACAAAGUGCCGUAAAGAUCAUCCUGUCAUGGAGCGUUUCGAUGAGCUGUAUCGGCGCGGCCGUCAGUGCCUUGUCCGUGUACAACAUGAGCACGGACGAGGACAAGUUCAGCCGUGGCAAGUCGGCGCGCUGCGGGCUCAUCUUCAACGUGGGGAAGUUCUUCAAGUGGAUGGUGGACAGUAGGGUGGCGGUCAGGAUCCACGAGCACGCGGCCAUCUACCUGGCCGCGUGCAUGGAGAGCCUCUUCCGCGAGGUGUACGCGCGGGUGCUGCGCAAUGCGCUGCUGGAGCGCGACAACGGGAUCCCCAAGUUCACGGUGGAGAUCCUAGAACAGGCCAUCAACGGUGACGCGGAGGUGUGGGGGUCUGUGCAGCCCUGGCAACACCUGAUCUGUGGGAAGAGUGCCAGCGGUGUGCUCAGCCUUCCGGAGGGUCUGACUGUUCACAGGGAGCAGCAGCACAGAGCGGGGAAGUGCGGGGAGGGAAACUUCUACAGUCAAACCGAGCUGCGCUCCAUUGAACAAUGCUUACUGGCCACAAGGGUGGGCAGCAUCUCUGAACUCAGUGACCUUGUGUCCAGAGCCAUGCACUACCUUCAGCCACUAUACAUGAAGAAUCCCAGCAAUGGAACGCCACUUCACCACAAGAGCUGUAUGAUUCACUGGGCGCCUGAAGCGAUCUACACACUAUGCUACUUUAUGCACUGCCCUCACAUGGAGUGGGAAAACCCCAACGUUGAGCCCUCCAAGGUUACCUUACAAACAGAGAGGCCGUUUAUGGUGCUUCCACCUCUGAUGGAGUGGGUGCGAGUGGCUGUGGUCCACACUGAGCACAGGCGGAGCUUCUCGGUGGACAGCGAUGAUGUCCGGCAGGCUGCCAGGCUACUUCUGCUCGGAGUGGACUGUGAGCCACGCCAGCUCCGAACGGAUGAUUGCUUCUGUGCCUCAAGGAAACUAGAUGCUGCCUCUGCUGAGGCAAAGUUCCUGCAGGACUUGGGCUUCCGUAUGCUCAGCUGUGGACGCACAGACCUGGUAAAGCAGGCCGUCAGCCUGCUGGGGCCAGAUGGAAUCAACAGCAUGAAUGAGCAGGGGAUGACCCCAUUGAUGUAUGCUUGCGUCCGUGGAGACGAGGCCAUGGUGCAGAUGCUGCUGGAUGCAGGGGCGGACAUUAACAGUGAGGUGCCAAACACAGUGCACAAGCACCCCUCAGUCUUUCCCGAAACGCGGCAGGCGACAACCCUCACAUUCGCUGUGUUACACGGACAUGUGCCUGUGGUGCAGCUGCUGCUGGACGCCAAAGCCAACGUGGAGGGUUCCCUGCAGGAUGGGAUGGAGAACUACACAGAGACUCCACUGCAGCUGGCGGCUGCUGCAGGUAACUUUGAGCUGGUGAGUUUGUUGUUGGAGCGGGGUGCCGAUCCCAUGGUGGGAACCAUGUACCGUAAUGGGAUUUCUACAGCCCCACAGGGAGACAUGAACUCCUACAGCUUGGCUGCAGCUCACGGACACAGAAAUGUGUUUCGCAGGUUGUUAUCUCAUACGGAUAAAGCAAAAGGUGAUGUACUGUCGUUAGAAGAGAUUCUUGCCGAAGGUUCAGAGCUAGAAAGUAGAAGUUCAUCUCAGGUUGACCUAAUCCGAAGUGGGAAGGCCAAACUUAAAGCUCUAAAAGAAGCUAUGUACCACAGUGCCGAACAUGGUCACGUUGACAUCACUAUAGAUAUUCGGAGCCUUGGGGUACCAUGGACAUUACACACCUGGCUUGAGUCUCUGCGCACAUGUUUCCAGCAGCACCGCCGACCUCUGAUCCAGGGUCUUCUGAAAGAGUUUAGCUCCAUUGAGGAAGAGGAGUACACUGUGGAAAUCAUUACACAUGGCCUUCCUCUGAUGUUUCAGAUCCUCAGAGCCAGCAAGAAUGAAGUGAUCAGCCAGCAGCUGUCUGCCAUCUUCACUCAGUGUUAUGGUCCUUAUCCCAUCCCGAAGCUGUCAGAGAUCAAGAGGAAGCAGACAUCACGGCUGGAUCCUCACUUCCUGAACAAUAAGGACAUGUCUGAUGUGACCUUUUUGGUUGAGGGGAAGCCCUUUUAUGCCCAUAAAGUCCUGCUCUUCACAGCGUCCAACAGAUUCAAAAUUCUUCUAGCAAACAGACCUUGUGGUGAAAAUACAUGCAUUGAAAUCAGCAACGUCAAAUAUCAUAUCUUCCAGCUGGUAAUGCAGUACCUUUACUUUGGAGGAACAGACGCCCUGCACAUCAGGAGCACAGAUGUUAUGGAGCUCUUGUCUGCAGCCAAGUUCUUCCAGCUGGAAGCUCUGCAGAGGCACUGUGAGAUUAUCUGCUCCAAGAACAUUAACACUGAAACUUGUGUUGAGAUCUACAACCACACAAAGUUUCUUGAUGCUCCAGACUUAGCAUCAUACAUAGAAGGCUUCUUCCUGAAGAACAUGCUCAUCCUGAUUGAGCUGGAGCCAUUCAAGCAGCUGCUGUAUGACACACUUCCUGAAAGCCCCGGCAGCGACAUCCUGCAGGCCUUGGAGAAAACCCUAGCCAUUCGCAUCCAAUCCAUUCACUUGUCUUCCUCCAAAGGGUCAAUAGUCUGAACUCUUGUAUAGAGGAAAUUGUUUUUUUUCUAAAUUUAGGAGCAAACAUUUUUAAUAUUUGAGCAGCAUUCUUUAUUUUUUGUCUAAAAUGUAAUGCUCACCCUCAAAACAAUGCUCUAAAACUUCAAAUCUGCUGCUUUCUUACAAAUAUGAACUGAUCUCCUUCAAAACUAUCUUUCUAGGCUCAGAUUAAUAAUUUUAUGCGCAAAUAUUGUUUCCUCGUAUUUGCAUCCUUUUCCUCAAGCACAAACGUUCUCCCUGUGUAAACGCUCAAGUUGCACGCUCAAGUCUUUCUAUCAUGAAUGGUGAGGUUGUAGCAGAACCUAACUGCAGACAGGACCUCGGCAGCCACAUAUUGAGGAUUUAAUAAUAAAAGAAAAGAAACAACGACAGGCAGGAGGAUAACAGGACUAGAAGUAUGAACGGAGAACUGAGCAGAGUAACAGAUUAUAAGGCAGAAUAAUGGAAGGAUCCAGUGAGGUACAAGGAGAACUAGCGAGAGUAUAUACUGAGGCACCUGAAGGACUGAGGUAAUUUAACAUGAAUAGAGCAGCAACACAGAGAAACCCAGGGAAGUAUAUAUGGGUAAAAUAACUACAUGUUUAAAGAACACUAAAAAACAAAAGAUUGAACUAAUAAGGAAAACACCUAACAAUAACAAGCAGAAACAAGAAAGACCUAAAAAAUGUAAUAAAUGGCAAAGAAAUAGCAAAAAUACAUAAAAUCAAAACCCAACACCUCAGAAUUGUGACACUUUCCUCUUUGCUUUUGAUUUUUCUUGGUCUCUUGUGGCUCAAAGCAGUAACUCUGACUAGUGUUCCAACAUUAUCUAGCAUAUGAAGUCCAUUCCAUAUCAAAAACAAGUGCGCCUCAAAGAAGGCAGUAAAAUGACAGUCUCACACUGUCAUUCUAUUGGCUGGAACUGUUGAUAGAAGGAGUACCACAAGUAGAGAUUAAAUACUUGAGUGCGGAGAUUUGAUAUGCACAAGGGGGGAGUUUUGAGCGUGAGGAAAUGGAAGCAAACAGGAGGAGAGAAUAUAUGUGCAAGAUGCAUUUGAGAUGAGUGCAGAAACAUGGUAUGGGAGCUGAGCAUAUCUGUAUGCAAGCAUUACUUUUUGAAAGUGAGAGAAGAGUUUUGAGGGCAAGCAUUACAACAUCAGAGACUGAUCAUGAGAAAAUACAUACUCUUUCAUUUUUCGAGACGUUCUGAACUUUUUUUAACCUAGAAGCAGGGAUUAUUAAUUAUACAAUUAUACAAAGCAAAGCAUAUGUGUGAUGAAUAAUUUUUUAUUCAAAAAGAAACCUGGGAGUCACAGACCUUCCAUGUUAUACUUUUUGUUCCCCAUCAGUCGCUAACAUGGUUCUUGUUAUCUUAGCACAGAUGGUAACAAAUCUGUUUGCCUUGUUGAUAUGUGUAUACUAAAACGACUGUCAUACGGGAGUUGUAUUGAACCUCAACUUGCCAAUAGCAACUUAAACAGAAUGGUGAGAGCUUGUGAAUACACAGCACAAUAAGCAACCUCUAAAUAAUGUGAUAAGCCAUCAGAAUAUCCCUGAAUAUGAGGAAGAACCACUGCCUCAUUUUGUGAUUUGUUGCUGAAACAUUACAACCUGUACAGAGAGGAUCAUUUGUAUAUUUGUGAGUCAGAUGUGUGCAGAUUUCUCUGUAAAGCCAAACAAAUUCAGCAGACAAAAAAAAUAAUGACAUGACUGAAGAAAUGGGACUUAAGAAAGAGGCAUUUUAAUGUCCUCAAAUGCUUUGUAAAUUUUGUUGAUAAAACAGAGAUAUUGAUGAUGUAAGUUAAUGUAUAUAUCCACAUAUUUUUUCUCAUGUGUCUCACUGUUAGAUAUUACUGUAAAAACUAAAUUUGUUCAUCUUAUACACAUAAAUGUUUAAGUGUUGCAUGUUUGAACUUAAGGCGCUGCUUUUACAUUUGGGAAUUGUCGUUUGUCAUUAGCUUGGAUCACUAUUAAUAUGUCGCAGAGAAAUUAUGUUUUUUUUGUUUUCAAGAGGCUGAAGGGAUAUUUAUCUAAACAUUAUCCUACAAACGUUUCUUUUUUUCUUUCCCAGAGAAUUUGCUUUUAACUUCACCUUAUCUUUUAUUCUGUUUUAAGAGGAGUUUUGAGGGCAGGCCUGUUGUUAUUCUGUUCUCUGCAGCAAAAGGUCAGAUCUCAGCUGGUAGUAGGUUUAAUGUGAGAUCCAGCAGUGCUCAUGGUAGUAGGGUCCAAAUAGCCUGAAAUCUGUGACAAAAAUAAAGAUAUAAAAAUUGUCA